AGUGAAUGCGGAGGAAGGUUGCAUCAUAUGAAAUUCUUCGGGCAAGAUAACAGAUUGAGAAAAGGCAGCAUAGUUGCGAAAGAGUGGAAAAUAGUACAGAAAUUGGGCGAAGGAGGAUUCGGAGCAGUCUUCAAAGUUGUCAAUGUUGAGGAUAGGUCUUUGGCCGCAUUCAAGAUAGAAACUCGCAAAGGAAAGGGCAGUGUCUUGAAGCUGGAAGCGAAGGUGCUGCGGAGGCUUGAAGACUGCCCUUUCGUACCCCAGCUGCUAGCCUCAGGAAAGAAGCCUGGAUACUCGUACAUAGUGAUGAGCUUACUCGGACCAAGUCUUAACAAAAUAUUGAAAUAUUAUGGGAAAAUCUGUAGCAUCUCGACGCAAGUUCGUGUGGGAAUAAAUGCUCUGUACGCCAUAAAACAACUCCACGAUUACGGUUUCAUACACCGAGAUUUGAAGCCUGCCAAUAUGGCCGUAGGACCCGUGGGCACACCGUUCUUUCGGUUCAUUCACAUUUUUGACUUUGGUCUAGCUAGGGAAUACAUUGUUACAUCUUACAAAGAUCCGCCAAAGAUGCGUAGACCAAGACAAAAGGCUCACUUCAGAGGAACACUGCGUUACUGCUCGGUGAACACGCACGAGAAAGGAGAACAAGGUCGACAUGAUGAUUUGUGGUGCCUUAUGUAUAUGCUCAUUGAGCUCAGAGGGCCUUUACCAUGGUCAAAGGCGAGAGACAGAGCAGCAAUCCUUGAAAUAAAGAAAAAUGUUGAUAAAGAGGAACUAUUAUCUAAUUGCCCUAUGGAAUUUGUUUUUAUAUUAGAGCAUCUCAGCACACUGAACUAUUACUUGCGCCCAAAUUAUUUGUUAAUCUACGAACUCUUGAUGCAGACAAUGAAAGCUGGACGAAUAAGAUUUUCUGAUCCGUAUGACUGGGAGUUGAAGUCCGAAAUCCAUACAACACCAGUCGGCUCACAAACAAGCUCCCAAACUCGAAGCUGGGCCUUGGUCAGAGAAUACAAUCCUUUUCCAGCAGAAUUUUUCUCGGCAAAUCCGCUUGGAUUCUGA